CGUACGUCUUGCUACACAGACGAAAUAUAAACAAAACAUGCAUUAAAACGAUGCUGAAAGUUAAUCUAUGAUAUCGUUUAGCGGUAUGAUCGCUUGAAUGAAAAAGUUGUAUUUCAGAAAUGACACAAUCCAUUGUUAUUCAGGUUGGCCAGUGUGGCAACCAGAUAGGCUGCAGGUUCUGGGAUCUGGCUCUGAGAGAGCAUGCUGCAGUAAAUAAGCAUGGCACCUAUGAUGAGGCUCUGUGCAGUUUCUUCCGCAAUGUGGAUGACCGGUUUGACGACCCAGCUGACAUCCCACUGCAGCAAGGGAAGGGGAAAAUCAAGUCACUAAAAGCAAGGGCGGUGCUGGUGGAUAUGGAGGAGGGAGUUGUCUCAGAGAUGAUGAAAGGCCCACUGCGAGAAGUGUUUGACUUCAAACAGCUACUCACUGAUGUGUCUGGGGCUGGGAAUAACUGGGCUGUUGGCCACAAGAUGUAUGGCAGUCAGUAUAGAGAACAUCUUAGUGAUAUUGUCCGACGAGCAGCAGAGUUCUGUGACUGUCUACAAUGCUUCUUCAUCAUACAUUCCAUGGGUGGGGGCACUGGGUCAGGAGUUGGAACUUAUAUUCUCAAUCUUCUGGCUGAUGAAUACCCUGAUGUCUACAGGUUUGUAACUGCUGUCUACCCGUCCAUUGAUGAUGACGUGAUUACUUCCCCUUACAACAGUGUGCUUGCCAUGAGAGAACUCACUGAGAAAGCUGACUGUGUUCUACCCAUUGAAAACCAGGCUUUGGUAGGCCUUGUGAACAAAGUGAAUCAAGCACUCCCGCCUGCUAAGACUGGGAAGCGUAUGUACACGAACAUGUCAGACGUCAAACCUGGCAGCGCCAUAACAACAAGUGACGGGGGUGUGGUAAAACCAGCCAAUGAGAAGCCUUUUGACUCCAUGAACAACAUCGUAGCCAAUCUGCUGCUGAACAUGACCAGCUCAGCGAGGUUUGAGGGUUCCCUGAAUGUGGAUCUGAAUGAGAUCACCAUGAAUUUGGUUCCGUUUCCACGGUUACACUACCUGGUGUCCAGCCAGUCUCCGCUGUUCACUCUGUCUGAUGUACACCUGCCUCCGAGAAGACUGGACCAGAUGUUUUCUGAUGCGUUCUCAAAGGACUACCAACUGUUGAGCACAGAUCCCAAGCACAGUCUUUACCUGGCAUGUGCACUCAUGGUACGGGGAAAUGUGGAGGUGUCGGAUGUACGCAGAAAUAUUGAGAGAUUAAAGCCCAGCCUGAAGUUCAUCCACUGGAACACAGAGGGCUGGAAGACAGGGCUGUGUUCUGUGGCCCCUGUGGGGCAGCCUUACUCCCUGCUCACCCUGGCCAACAACACCUGUAUCCAUGGCAACUUCACAGAACUCAAGGACAGAUUUGUGAAGCUUUACAAACGGAAGGCUCACAUUCAUCACUACACGAGUGUGGAUGGUAUGGAGUUAUCAGACUUUGCUCAGAGCCUGGAGUCCAUCAACUCAAUCAUCCAGGAAUACUCAGACCUCGAGAAACAGAUGAACAAUCCUCCCCCACCCGAGCCACGCCUCCAAGUCCUCACUUGAUCCAUUGAGGGGUGUUCAUAAAGUGUCCAGUACUUUCUUGAAGGAGCAUUUUAGUUAUCAAUCAUAGACAGUGUGGGAUUUUUUAUACGGAUCUUACCCCAAGAAGUUCUCACUUGAUCUUUUGCGUGGUGUUUAUUAACGAUCCAGAACUUUCAUUAAGAAGAAUGGUAGUGAACAAUUGAAGAUAAUGAGGUAUUUGGUAACAUGAGCUUACACUUGGUGGAACCAACAAGAUUGUUGAAAGUUAAACAAAUCUUGUGUGGGAUGUUCCAUAAAGAUCCAACACAUGAAAUCGGACUACUGAAAUUAUAAUAAUUCUUAUUGCGAAUGAUGUGGGAUAUUAAAUAAGGAACCAGUUUUUAAUCAAAGCUGGAGGACUGUGUUCCACCAUUGAAGCCACACCUUCAAAAGCUUACAAAGCUCAUCAGUGGCACUCAAUAAUGAGCCAGUUGUUCAUUCAGAGGCAUCAUUGAUGAGGUGGGCCAUUCAAUGAGGAUUUACUUGGUUGAAUUAGAGAGCUUGUUGACAAAAACAUAUUAAAUAUUGGAAUGUGUUCAGAAAUGUUUUAGAACUUGGUUGAUGGCGCAUUUCAUGAUUAGUGAUGUACAACCCAAAAUGGAGUCCACAAUUUGGCAUUUAUAAAGUAAAGAUGUGGUACAUAAUGGAUACCUUGCUUGGUCAAAUGCUGAGUUGAAGGAGAGAAGUGAACUUUCUUUUAUCUGUGUAUUAAUAAAAACCAAAAGCUGAA